GGAAGUAAGGAGACUUUCUGUGCGAGAAGUGGGAGGUAGGCAGGUGACCGGCCUCUAAAGUUAUGGGUGGGAGGCACCAGAAAUGUUUCGUUGUUGGAUUACUGGGGUAUAAUGUCUAGCGUCUCUACGCAGAUGUAUCUAACACGCCGGCCAUCGGGUCGUCCGCAAGGAUCAGGCGUGUUUGGAAUGGGGUGUGGGUGUGGUGACUGGAAGAGCUGUGAUGCUGUUGCACCAAUGUCAUCAUGGUUGCGUAACGCCUGACAUAGCCACCGAAGCAUGCGGAAGCAUGCCGAAUUUACCAUCUCACCUGGACGCGCCCCGAGGAGCAGCCAUUCUCAUCACCGAUCAGCUAGGCUCUCCUGCAGAAUUUCUUCUCUGUCAUACUAUAGUGUCUUCUUUGAAUGAGGGUGUUGCUUGCAUACUUGUAUCGACUUCGAAUGACUUGCACCACUGGUCCGCGAUCACGUCUCGUUCUCUGAAAAAUAUUCAAACGUAUAUUGACUCGAAGAAAUUUACUUUCAUCGAUGGCGCUUCGAUCGUUGCCACAGAGUUCAAUAUUGACGGAGCUAGUGGCAAUGGAUCUUCCCGUUCGUCUGGGCCCUUAAAACAAAUCUACUCGAGAAUCACGGAAUCUAUCAAUGAUUUGGUGACUUUGGGUGUGGCUGGAGGCAGACCACCCAUCCUUUUGUUGGACGAUAUGUCCACAUUGGAAUGGAUAGGGAUAAAUCAAGUAGACAUACUGAGAUUAUAUAGAGCUGUGAUUGCCUUGUGCAGAAAACAUGACGUUUCUGUGAUUGUUCUACACCACACGAUAUCCCCGGAUUCCCCCUCCCCCAUAUUAAUCUAUCUGUUGAAAAUUUCCCAUUCCAUCAUGGAUGUGGUGCCGUUUGCUAGUGGACGCAGCGGCGCGGUCUCUGGCGAGGUCCGUUUGGGUCAGAUUCCGUCCUCUGGGCGCUUUGAAUGCGGCUCGAAGCAGCGGUAACCAGGCACCAAAGCAUUCGUCCUGCAAUACCGUCUGACGGAAUCUGGCGCGGUCUUCUUUCAUAAAGGUUCUGCCGCCGUGAUAAUGUGAUUUGGACGUCGUGGUUGAAUACGGAAUUGAAUACAACUCCAAUGAGCAAACAGAAAUGAACAUGGCCUAGUUCCAGUGUUUGGCGCGUGAAUGGGCCUCCCAUGCUUCCUCGCUCACAAACUUCCUCCCACAACAUUUGCGAACCGGGUGCGAGGUGACGUUCUCGAUGUGUGCUUUCAACGCUUCCCGCGUUUUGAACCUUCGUGAGCAAUAGCUACAGAAGGGCCUUGUAUCUACGACUCGGGGUAGGACCAGGUGAAGGUGUUUGAGGAAACACUACAUGAUCUGCGUUGAGGCAUCUAGGAAGU